CCCAAUGCACCAUCAUCAACUCAACUCGCAUACUUUCCUCAAGCUUUUUGUUUUUGAGACCGAAAGGGCAGGGAAACCGCUUGCAUGGUUUUGCCCAAAUCAAUUGAGACCAGAGAAAGUGUGUUACUGAGGGCAGGCACAAAUGAAUGUAGUGUGAUUUUUGGCCUGGGCUUGGUGCAGGAAGAAAUGUCCAACCAGGUCCUUUGAUAAAAAAAAAAGUUUCAUCUUUUUUUUUUACGACAAGAAAAGAGUUGUGCGGAACAAGAAAUGUGGCCUUGCUACGUGAAAGCGUCGUGAGCGCACGCAACCCACGUGCAAAAAGCGCUCAGCCAGCCGGUUGUGAGAUCAAUUGUAUAUUGUGCCUCCCCACCCAAAAUCGAAAGCUACAUGGUAUAAUCCGUGGUGGCAAGGGGGGGUCCCAUUAGCCUUUUCAUGGGACCUCUGUGAUUAAACUCUGGAGGGUGCAUGAGAAGAAGGUUGUGAGAAGGCGGCAAUGCAUCUGCGACCGUGGGUCCUAUGGAGAUAGAAGGGUCUUGACUCGAGUUGUUUACCUUCUCAAGUGACGCGGGUACCGCUCGUUUCUUCGCAUGGGAAUAUCGCAGCGUUAGGCGACGCAGGUGUUAGGCAACUAGAUGGACAUUAUUUGUAGGCAAUGGUUGAUUAUUUUAGGUUAGAAAUGUUGUAUAGACGGCUACAAUCACCUGAGUGAGUUUGGGGUGUGUCUAGGAGUAAAAAAAACUAAUUCUUUAAAGUUUUCCAAACCAUUGAUUUCCAUUGUCUGUGCGUGAAUGGUCGAGCUCUUAGUUCAGUCUAGCCCUAAACAAAGCAGAACGAAAGGGACAUUUAAAGCUGCCCUGCCAACCUGCAUUUCUUGUACUUCUUGCUGCGAGAUUAACUUUACAUCAACAUCGAGUUGCAAACCCGAACAGAUUAGUAAUAUACUGAAAAAAAACCCCAAUAAUAACAAGGAAUUAGUAUAUCGAUUUGAUUUUAAAACGAGAACAAUUGUGUACAUACAAUUGUGCCUUUGUGUAAAAUCGUCCGUGCUUGACAACUUUGAGACAUGCGUGGGAAGUUACUGCGGCCGCCACCGCUCGUGUGCCUGGCUCUCGCGCUGAGUCUCUGCCGCACGGGUCAAGCCCAGUACCUGAAGUGGUUCUGGGAGCGGUGGAGUGGGCAGCAAGAAACCACGACAGCGCCGUCUGCUUCGCCGUCACCUACACUGCACGGCGAUGUCUCAGCAUCUGCCGUCACGCGGCCUCUUGGUUUUAGCACGGCCAGCCCGGCGACCGUCGCUGAGGAGGAAAGUAGCGGAUUCAAAUCUGACGAUUUGGCCAAAAAUGGCAAUUCUGCAGAUGAGAGGUUUGUCCUCUCGCAGCGUGAGGAGUCGUCAGGUCAGCGUGAGGACUCCACGCGUGGGAAUGAGGAUGUGUCGGCGAGAUACGGUGACCUACUAAGUCAGCUUGAUGGCAUGAGUUCUGUUGGUUCUACGGUUGGGCCACUCGAAGAUGCCCUACCAACAUACGUGGAACCGUGCCCUCUACUGCACUGGUAUGGUCCGAAUGGUGAGGAGCAUGAAGUGGACCUGACUCAGAUAGUCGGCGUGCCUCUGCCUGCUGCGGUCUCCUUUGUAAGCGGCUUCGAAGGCUUCCCUGCCUAUCUGUUUGCCGAGGAGGCCAGCGUGGGCCGACCGGCACAGAACUUCCUGCCGGAGCCGUUCCCGCAGGACUUCUCGAUCCUGUUGACGGUGCGGCCCUCGUCGGACGAAGGGGGCGUCCUCUUUGCUGUCACGGACUCGUCGCAGCAGGUGGUGCAGCUCGGGCUCAAGCUGUCGCCCGUGGAGGAUGGGGAGCAGACGCUGCUGAUCUUCUACACGGAGUCGAGCACUGCCGACACGCGCAUUGCCGCUGCCUUCCCACUUCCCGUGGCGACGAACCGCUGGGUGCGAAUGGCGGUGUCCGUGGACGGCGACACGGUCUCGUUCUACUUCGACUGCAAACUCGUCGAGCGGUCGGCCAUCGAGCGUUCCAGCAAUCCCCUGGACAUCGAGGAGGAGGCCAACGUGUUCAUCGCGCACGGUGGCGAUGCUGACUCCGACAAGUUUGUGGGGGCCAUCCAACAGAUGCUCAUCCGGCCUGACCCUAGUGCUGCUGCGGAGCAGUGUGCCGACGAUGACGACCGUGAGGUACAUUCCUCAAGAGACGCUAAGCGGGCAUCUGGUGAGGAGGGCAGUGGAUACGACGACGGGGAUGGAGAGAGCGAGGAAGAGAGCGAGGAAGACGUAGAGAGUGAGCACGAUCAUAGCGAGACCGGGGGAUCGGGGAACGUGGAGACGGUGACGCGCCACCCCAACCAGCAGCCAAUAAGACCUCCCCCCACCAUGGCACCCGAGAGGAGAAGGCCCAGACCAGGCCACGACGCCCGGCUUCGGCCAGAGUCAGACUCUCGCUCCAAGGUGGAGGCCCAUCCUCCUCUCAAGGAGGACACACAGCCAGCACGGGAGGAGGCAGCCAUUGUGUCAAGCCAACCUGGAGAGGCGCUUUUGAGGAGGGAAAAGGGGGAGCAUGGAGAAAGUGGCAGCCCUGGACUUAAAGGCCAGAAAGGCGAACCUGGUUCGGAUGCCUCUGAAGGUGGAGCGACUCCUGGCUUGCGAGGCCCUCUUGGUCCAGCAGGUUCUGGCGGUGCCAAGGGUGAGCAGGGGGACACUGGUCUGAAGGGCGACGUGGGAGAGAAGGGCGAGAUUGGCACUCAGGGUCCACCUGGGCCCAAAGGAGACACCGGCAUCAUGACGGGUGACGUCGUUCCUGGAACCAAGGGAGAAAAGGGUGACAUGGGAGAUCCUGGUGUGAAGGGUGGAGCUGGUUUUGGCUACCCUGGGCCAAAGGGGGGCAAGGGUGACGCUGGGCCCCAGGGCCCCAUAGGUCAGCCUGGCCUCCCAGGUCCCGUGACGUCGGUGGUGCCGCGAGGGGACGGUUCCGUCGCCCAGCUGGUGGAGGGCCUCGCUGGGCCCCCGGGCCCGCCUGGCCCAGCUGGCCCAUCUGGGGAUGCUGGCGAACCCGGUGACCCAGGAGAAGAUGGUCUUCCUGGAGAGAAGGGUCCCCCUGGCUUUCCAGGAAUUGCAGGAGAUCCUGGUCUUAAAGGAGAAAAAGGUGAAACUGGAGUUGGAAAAGCAGGCCUCCCUGGGCCACCUGGUCCUCCUGGGCCACCUGGCCCCACAGGACGACGCAGCAGGCUGAACCUUGAUGAUGCCGAGGGGUCAGGUGACUCAGAUGACGAUGACACAGACACAAUCCGAGGUCCCCGCGGUCCUGCCGGCCUUCCCGGCCCUCCGGGCUCUCCUGGUAUUCCUGGGCCCCCUGGACAGCCGGGAAACCUGAGUUCCCUCACCGCAUUGGCUGGCGUACCAGGAGCCAAGGGGGCGCCGGGACCUGUGGGCCCUGCUGGGAAGAAUGGACUUCCGGGUCAACAAGGGGUCAAAGGAGACAAGGGAAAUAGCGGAGAGGCAGGAAAGGCUGGGCCAGUUGGGCCAAAGGGUGAUGCUGGAUCGCCAGGGUUGAUGGGACCUCAGGGGGCCCGUGGGCCACUGGGGUUGCCUGGCCCAAUUGGACCUCCGGGUCCACCAGGGCCUCCCGCACAUACCAGAGUGAGCUUAUUUGAGGAGGAGGAAGGCUCUGGCGUUGGAUCCAAAUCCCGUGCAGGGGCUGCUGGAGAACCAGGGCUACCUGGUCCAGUGGGACCAUCAGGACUUCCAGGUCUCAGAGGUGAAAAGGGAGAGAAGGGGGACCAAGGCCCUCGGGGAGUCCCCGGGUUGGCGGGACCAAUAGGGCCUGCUGGAGAGGAAGGCAAUCCUGGGCUUCCUGGUCCCCAGGGCCCUAUCGGUGAAAAGGGCAACCAAGGGGAACAGGGUGAAACAGGUCGUGAUGGUGAGAGUAUCAUGGGGCCACGAGGUCUUCCUGGCCUCCCUGGGCCUCCAGGCCCAGCCCUACUCGAGGGGCUGAAUGACUUUGAGGGUCUUCUGGGAAAUCUGAGAGGCCCAUCAGGCCUGCCGGGACCAGAGGGCCUGCCUGGACAAGCUGGUUUUCCUGGCCCUAGGGGACCCAAGGGAGAGUCUGGGCUGGACGGCUCAGCAGGUGCCAUCGGCAUGAAGGGUGAAAAAGGAGAUCCUGGUGGUUUGAUCGGCCCAGAUGGGUCUCUGCUUCCUGAAAUGGCCGGCCUUCCUGGACACAGAGGGGAGAAGGGUGACCCUGGCCCUGUGGGCCCAGAAGGCUUGCUGGGUCCUGUUGGCCCCAACGGCACGAAGGGAGAGAUAGGCUUACCUGGCCGGCCGGGCCGACCCGGGAUGAAUGGCUACAAGGGUGAAAAGGGUGAACCAGCAGACUUUGGGUUUGGGUCUGGCCCAGGCCCCGCCGGCCCCCCGGGUCCUCCCGGCCCUCCUGGCUCUCCUGGCAUCACCGUGGUGGAACGUGGGCUGUCUGCAUCACCACAACAGCACGGUCCCAGGGGGGAUAGAGGCUUUCCAGGUUUGCCAGGAACCCCAGGGACCAAGGGAGAGAAGGGAACAGCUGGAUUACCUGGUCCACCAGGCCCACCAUCGAAUUCCAACUUCGUAGAUGUAUUUGGGAAUUAUGCUUCAAGGGGCACCAAGGGUGACAUUGGGCCUAAGGGAGAGAAAGGAGAGCCUGGUGGAGGUGGCUUCGGAUUGUCGCCACCAGGACCCGUGGGACCGCCCGGCCUGCCUGGGAGAUCCGGCCCUCCGGGACCCAAAGGAGAUGCCAUUUCUGGCCCAAGAGGGCACCCUGGACCCCCGGGCCCGCCCGGGCCCUCUGGUUUUGGCUUUGAGGGCCAACCAGGCCCAGCUGGGCCCCCUGGGCAGAAAGGACCGCCGGGGCCUCCUGGAACAACUUUUGUUGAACAUCACAGAUCAGUUGUCGCAGGGCCUCCUGGACCUCCCGGUCCCCCAGGCACAGCCAGCUCUGCUAAAGGGGCAACCGUUGUGCAAAACUUUGAGGCGAUGGUGCGAUGGUCACGGGCCGCCCCCGAGGGCUCGUUUGUGUACGUCGUGGAGCGUGGCGAGGCGUACGUGCGCGUGCGCGACGGAUGCAGGCAGCUCUACCUUGGAGAAGUGCUGCCCAUUCCCAGAGAAGACGAAGUUGUUGCCUCGUCCCAUGUGCUCAACAUUAUAAACCCGCUGCCCAGCUUCCCGGUGGUGGACCGCAUCCCGACAAGUGGGCACGCCAGCUACCACCACCACCACAACAACAACAAUGGCAACAAUAACCUGGGCAGCAACCAUCUGUCGCCAUCUCACGUGGGGCAUAACUCGGGAGGGAUCGCGUACCCCAGCGGGGACCUGGGCCCACCGUCGCCCGCCGUCGGGUACCCGCAGGCGGGCAACGUCGGCCUGACAUCGGCCGGGAUCGCCUACCAUGAGAUCAACGCUGGUCACUCGUCUGCUGGCACCAGCCACCACGGGCUGCACCUGAUAGCGCUGAACGCCCCGCAGACAGGGGACAUGCGUGGCAUCCGUGGUGCAGACUUCCAGUGCUUCCAGCAGGCGCGUGCCAUCGGCCUGCACGGCACAUACCGCGCCUUCCUCUCCUCCAAGGUGCAGGACUUGGCGUCCAUCGUGCGACGGGCUGACCGUGCCUCCAUGCCCAUAAUCAACCUCAAGGGAGAGGUGCUCUUCAGGAAUUGGGAGGAGAUUUUCUCAGGGUCCGGUGGACAAAUGAACUCCAAUGCUGCCAUCUAUUCCUUCGACGGCCGCAACAUUCUGACGGACCAGGCCUGGCCCCAGAAGUUGGUGUGGCAUGGCUCGGAUGAACGAGGGCGCCGCCUAGUCACACAGUACUGCGAGAUGUGGCGCGUGGGCGAGACUGCCGUCACGGGCCAGGCCUCGCCGCUCUCCUCGCACCGCCUGCUGCAGCAGCAGCCGCAUGGCUGCGCCUCCAGCUUCGCCGUGCUCUGCAUGGAGAACAGCGUCGCUCACGAGCACGUCCGCCGGCGCUGAGCGCUCAUCCUCCUCGUCAUGAUGCCCUCCCUCCCCUCCUGCUCCUCCUUUUCAUCACAAUCUUCCUCCUCUCCGUCCUCCUCAUCCUCUUCAUCCAACCACUUCUCCUCCUGCAACUAUCCCUCCUCUUCUCUCACUUCUUGCCACCUCCU